AAUGACACUCAGAAAAGCAAACACUAAUGCGCCAAACAGAAAAUCAAGAGAGGAAAUCACAAAAUAAAUUCUAUGGGGGGCGGGGGGUUGUGAACAAACAACAAAGGAACAAACAACUCCGAGACAGUCCAGUCUCCUACAAAAGGAAAGAUAUUACUAGCCAAGUCUUGUGUCGUUAUGAAUCAACACAUUACGGAAGUCCGACAGAGCAUGAAAGCAACGCAUUCUCGCCAUACGUACUCUUCACAAGCAUUUGCUCUGGAGCUAAUUUAACCCAGUUGCGUUCACACGUGCAAAUUUACACCGGUGCUGCUUCGCAAACGAGCAUUUGCUGCGGAGCAAAUAUUUGACAGACCUCCCUGAUGUGGGUCAAAUAUUUUGGUCCGGUAUAAGCUCUUUUCCGGGGCUACGCCGGAGCUAAUUUGCACGUGUGAACGCUCUACUGGGGCAGCCCCGGUGCAGCACCGGACCAAAUCUUGCCGUGUGAACAGCCCUUGUUACUAAUCCGAGAAACUUGGUCUCAUACGCUCUUUCUAUUUCAAUUGAGUUUACCAUAAUUUUAGCUUGGUGUUUGAUUGGUCUUGUGCCAAAAACAAUUAACUUUGAUUUUUUCAGGUUAAGUAACAAUUUAUUUCUGUCGAACCAGUUUUUUAAUUUGUUUGAUUUGUUUUCUACAGUUGUCAGGGGCUGUUUCAGAUUUAUUCCAGAACAGUAGAAAGUUGUAUCAUCAGCAAAUAGGACACAUUUAAAUUGUUUUGAGAAUUGUGUUUUCAACCUUUCUUGCGGAAAUCAGGCUGAGAUAUGAUCAUAUCCUCCUAAUGGGGGAUUUUAAUAUCCAUGUGUGCUGUCCGGAAAAACCGCUAGCAAAAGAAUUCUUAAGACUUAUUGACUAUUUUAAUUUUGUGCAGUAUGUGACCAGUCUGACACAUGAACAAGGACAUAUUUUAGACCUUGUCCUUGCUCAUGGUCUACCGGUGUCAAAUCUGGAAGUCCUUGAAAAUGGGAUUUCUGAUCACAUGGCAGUUUUAUUUGACGUAGUCUUAUCGCAUGCUGCUGUGAAAUCUGGCGCUCCUCGCUGUAAACGCCGAAUUUUUAACCCUCGCACUGCUAGUCGUUUCUCUGCCUUUAAUAACCUUUGCGUACCCUCGUCUAACACAGAGGAACUCACCUCUUGGUUCGACUCGUCAUGCCGUGCCAUCCUGGAUUUGGUGGCUCCUUCAAAAAUUGUGCUCCCAAAGCCUAAACCCGAGCCAUGGUUUAACGACAUUACGCGCGCAGCUAGGCAGGAGUGUCGCAAAGCUGAACGCGAGUGGAAAAAAGACAAAUUUCAUGUCUCUUAUCAAAUUUGGAAAGACUGCUGGCGUAACUACCAGCUCACAGUAAAAGAGGCCAAAAGAGAAUAUCUGUCGGACCUUAUUCUAGCUAACCGUCACAACCCACGCGCACUAUUUAAAACGAUAGAUUCGGUACUCAAACCCCCUCUGCCUACUUGCUCGGAUUCUUCACCCGAGAUGUGCAACAGAUUCCUUCAGUUUUUCAUUGAUAAGGUCUCUACAGCUAGGACUCGGGUCUCAAAUACCGCAUCUGACCCCUCUGUCCAUGUUCCAUGUUCAGCUGUACUUAAUUCUUUUGAUACUUUGUCAUUGGCGCUUUUGAAGGAUGUAGUUCGCCAGACGAAGCCAUCUGGCUCCCCUUGCGACUCUCUUCCCCCACGCUUCUUUCAGGAGGUUCUCCCGAGUGUUGGUGCAUCGGUCUUGGAUAUCAUCAACAGCAACCUUUCUUCUGGUGUAGUUCCCCAACAGUUUAAACAUGCUGUGGUCCAACCCUUGAUCAAGAAACCUGGUCUUGAUCCAGAUGUGCUGUCAAGUUACAGGCCCAUUUCAAAACUGCCUUUCAUUUCCAAAAUUCUGGAAAAAGUGGUGCACAUGCAGUUGAAACUUUUCUUGGAUGAACAUAACAUCUUGGAGGUCUUCCAGUCAGGUUUCAAGACAAUGCAUAGCACGGAGUCAGCCCUGUUACGCGUUUCUAAUGACAUCCUCCUGGCAAAUGACUCUGGAGACCACAUGUGUCUGGUCUUAUUGGACUUAACUGCAGCAUUUGAUACAGUGGAUCACAGUAUUCUGCUGACUCGUUUGCAGCACUUUGUGGGCAUUGGCGGCAGUGCUCUUGAGUGGUUUAGGUCCUAUCUAGCUGACAGGACCUUUUGUGUCAGCCUUGGCUGCUCUGAGACACGCACUGCUGCCCUGUCAUGUGGUGUUCCACAGGGCUCAAUUCUGGGGCCUCUGCUAUUCUCGCUGUAUCUUCUCCCAUUGGGUUCCAUCUUAAGGAAACAUGGUAUUCCCUUCCACUGCUAUGCAGAUGACUGCCAGAUCUAUGUCCCACUGAGCAAGAAAGACACCUUCUCAUUAAGGCCACUCCUAUCCUGUCUCGGAGAAAUCAAAACCUGGAUGGCACAAAAUUUCUUGAAAUUCAACGAAAAGAAGACAGAGGUGAUAUUGUUUGGUCCCAGUGGCCCUUGUACAUUCCAUCCUGUAGUCUUGGGCCCCCUGUCUCCUUAUUUGAAAUUAACAGUCUCAAACUUGGGCCUUAAACUGGACAGUGAUUUCAAACUCGAUCGGCAAAUUGGUGCCGUUGUUAAAUCCAGCUUCUUUCACCUUAGACAGCUGGCCAAAAUAAAACCUUUCCUCUCACAUGAACACUUUGAGACAGUAAUCCAUGCCUUUGUCACAUCCCGGCUCGAUUACUGUAAUGCCCUUUACUUUGGAGUCAGCCAGUCCUCCAUUAAGCCCCUUCAGCUGGUCCAGAAUGCCGCUGCUCGCCUCUUGACUGGUACUCGUAAGAGGGGGCAUAUAACUCCUACUCUGGCAUCCCUUCAUUGGCUCCCCAUUCAUUUUAGAGUUAUUUUCAAGAUCCUCCUCUUUGUUUUCAAAUCUCUAAAUAAUCUCGCGCCACCUUACCUCUCUGAGCUCAUCCGCCCCUACACACCUGCCCGGCGCCUCAGGUCUGUGGACCAGUCUUUGUUAGAAGUACCAAGAACUAAACUGAGGCUCAGAGGGGAUCGAGCCUUUUCCGUUCCUAGUCCCUCUCUCUGGAAUGACCUCCCACUGAACAUUCGGCAAGCCUCCUCGCUGCCCAUCUUUACAGCCCUCCUCAAAACCCACUUGUAUUCUUUGGCGUUCGACUCAGCAUGAUUUUACUGCUUGGUGCUUUCUACCAUUUUGUCUUACUGUUUAUUGUGUAUGUUAAAUCGCUCCAUGUACAGCACUUUGUAUGCAGCGAAUACUGUUGACUUGACUUGACCUUGCAGAUAUCAUUUAUAUAGAAGAUGAAUAGUUUUGGACCAAGCACUGACCCCUGAGGAACUCCGUGAGUGAUUUUCAGGUGAUUCGUUUUUUUAUUGUUGAGCUGCACGUACUGAUAUCUGUUUUCUAAAUAACUUUUUAUCCAUUUAUAAGCUACACCUCUAAUGCCAUAUCUUUCUAGUUUUUUUCAAUAAUAUACUGUGAUCUAUUGUGUCAAGAGCUUUUUUUUAGAACUAGGAAAACUCCAACAGUAAAUUCUUUGCCGUCUAUAUUAGUGGCUAUUUCUUCCACAAACUCCAUAACUGCCAUUGAGGUGGUCCGUUUUUCCCUGAAACCAUAUUGAUUCUCGCUUAACAGCGCAUGCUUUGUAUAAAGCUAUCAAGUCUGCGAGAAAAUAGUUUUUCUAAUAUUUUUGAAAAUUGUGGUAGUAGUGAUAUUGGUCUAUAAUUUGUAAACAGAUGUCUUUCUCCACUUUUAUAGAUUGGAAUAACUUUAGCAAUUUUCAUUUUUGAUGGAAAGAUACCAGCUUUGAAUGACAGGUUGCAUAUGUGCGUGAAAGGUCGCACUACAUAUUCUAUAAUCUGCUUGAUUAUUGUCAUAUCAAUAUUAAAGCAAUCAGUUGACUUUUUAUUUUUAAAAGUUUUUAUAACAUUUGAUACUUCUUGUUUUACUGCAGUAAGGAACAUCGUGGAGGAGUUUUUUUCUACGUAUCUAUCUAUUUCAAGCAGGUUUGUUGGAUCAGGAAUUUGUUUUGCUAGGUUACUGCCGAUGUUGACAAAAUACUCAUUAAAUUCAGUUGCUAUUUCUGCAGUUUUUACCAAAAUAGUAUUUUUGCCUUUGAUAAAAUACUCUGGAUAAUCGAUUUUUUAGGACUAUUUCUGAUUACUUGGUUAAGUAUUUUCCAUAUUUCUUGUGUGUUACCUUUAUUCUGCUUUAAUAGUGCAUGAUAAUGA